GGGCGAAUGGCUGGAACCGAUGGUAGCUGGUGGAUGUGCGCGUGCGCAGAGAGGCAGCCGCGGGCCGGGCCGGGCCGGGCUGGGCCGAGAGCGCGAAUGGCGGCGAAGCGCGGCGCUCUGAUCGUGUUGGAGGGGGUGGACCGGGUGGGCAAGAGCACCCAGUGCAAGCGGUUGUACGAGGCCUUGCGGCAGCGUGGACGGGCUGUUGAACUGAUUUGCUUCCCAAACAGAGAUACUGAAAUUGGGCACCUGAUCAGCUUAUACCUGGAGAAGAAGUACAACCUGAAUGAUCAUGCUGUGCACUUGCUCUUUGCAGCUAACAGAUGGGAACAAGUGUCACAGAUUAGAAACAAGUUGGAGAAAGGGGUGUCUGUCAUUGUCGAUAGAUAUGCUUUCUCUGGAGUUGCAUUUACAAGUGCAAAAUCAGGUUUCACCUUGGAGUGGUGCAAGCAAGCAGAUGUUGGUAUUCCAAAACCAGAUGUGGUCAUGUUCCUUGAUCUUGAACCCUUGGCUGCCAUGAAACGUGCAGGCUUCGGUAUUGAACGCUAUGAAAACCUUGCCUUUCAGGAGAUGGUGCAUCAGCGGUUUAAAGAACUGAUGAAAGAUGAGAGUCUAAACUGGAAGGUGUUGGAUGCUUCUCAAAGUAUUGACGCCUUGCAUCAGGAGAUAAUGUCCAGAGUGGAGAAAACCAUAGAGAAAGCUGUGGAGGAGCCAAUCGGAGAACUCUGGAAAUAGUGAAUGCAGUAGGGGACAGGAGACUGCAGCUUCUGGAAAUCUGGAGCCACACACAAAGGAACUGGAGUGUAGGAACUCAUCUAUGGAAGGAAAUGGACAGUUGACUGGAACCCUUCAUCAGCAAUGGAAAGGAGCAGGGGAGAUAGAAGGUGUAGAGGAGGAGUUCAGAGGGGCGAGGGAGAAAAGCAGGGUUCAGGGGUGGGAAAGAGCAGGAUUCAGAGAAAUAAAAGGGAUGCUGGGUAGGGGAGGUGGAAGAGGAACAGUAGACCUCAGAGGCAGUGUGAGAUGUCAGCCUGGAGGUAGCUGAGGUACAGGCACUACAGUUUCAAACCUGGAUUUGGAGUCCUGGCUCAAACAUUUGUAUGUCCCUUGCUUAAUUUUUGUUUUGUCUUACCCUCUUGACAGUAUUAUGAAUGCUUGCUGGGGUUAAGCCAGUUUGGCCACCUAUUAAGCCAAAUAAUGUUGGUUUUUUUGAAUCUAUAACUGAAUCUGCUUUGAUGUGCCCAUGAUUCUGAAUUAUAGUGUGGAAGUAGAAAUUGACAACUGUUUCCAGGAUCCUGCUAGAACACAUCAAAUAACUGGAUACUGAUCAGUAUAUUUCCUUGCUCUGUUACUUCUCAAAAGAUCAACUGGGAAAGUCUGUAAAGAGAUUACACAUGAAUCAGAAUCAGGUUUAUUAUCACUGGCAUGUGACAUGAAAUUUGUUAACUUAGCAGCAGUUCAACGCAAUACAUAAUGAAAAAAAAUAAUAUAGUAUUAUUAUUAUUAUUGGUGUAUUCAGCAACAGGAAGAUGUUCUGUUCAGACCUAGUCAAAAAUGCAACAUAACCAUUCCUGAUUUGAUUCACCUAAAUACAAAAUGUUUUGCUUCCAGGCAUGGGAUUAGAAAAUCAGUUUACCAAUGCAAAAAACUGUUUCUUGUCCUUAUCUGUGGAAAUAUAGCAACCCAUGUCUCAGGGAAGCAGAAGACCAAAAUUCAGUGACACAUUUAUAAUCUUGCCUUACUUGUGACUUUUCUGUCAUGUUCAAUUGGCAGCAUUUCCUGUGGAGUAUCAUCUGUUCAGCUAGAAGUGGCACAGUGAUGGUUUAGUCCUGAUUUCUGCAUGUUGUCCCUGUGCUUGAGGGUUUCCUCAGUGCUCUGAUUUCCUCCAACAUACCAAACACAUUCCAAAAAUUGCCUCUAGUUUGUGUAGGCAAGUGGUAGAAUCUGGGUCAAGUUGAUGGGAAUAUAGGGAGAAUAAAACGUGAUUAGUGUAGGGUUAGUGUAAAUUGGUGCAUAUUCACUCAGUGGACUGGAGGGCCUGUUUCUGUCAUGUUUCUCUGAAAUAGUUACUGACUAGUGUUGUGGUUUCUCGUCCCCCACAAACGACCAGGAGACGCAGAAGAUUCUUCAAGAAGUAUUAAACUUUAAUUUGCAAAUCAAAGCUGAGAAAGUCAGUGAGCUAGUCGCUGAUUGCCCACCGAUCCUUGUACAUAGCAUUUUUUAUAGCAAUCUCCUGGUUUAGUUGCAUUAGCAUAUCCAAUUGGUCUAUAUCACGUACAUUCACCACUAUUGUUUCUACCUAUUGACUUAAUCAUGUUCUAAUCUACAUUUCUUAGCUACCUCUCAUUAACACACCAUUAUCUUCUACAUUCUUAAGAUUUCAUCCGCCUACUAAAUUGGAUACGUGCAUGGCAAAUAGCAAAUUUCAAAGCUGACUACAUAGUUUUGGUUACACGGCAAACAAUGCAACUUUUAUACGCCAAUACUAGUUACUCAUGUUCCUUGUGUAAAUUUCCACAUGGUUAAAUAUUGCAUUUUUGUAACAAUUAAAUUUAUCUUAAUAAAUAUUAAUAAUCAA